AGCUGGCCCGGUGCUGAGGCCCCAGGGAGUCCACUUCCUGUCGGGGCGAGGAGUCCAAGGAGGCAGUGGCUGCUGCAAGGUCAGUGCCAGACGCUAACCGGCCCGAGGGCCACUGUGACCUUCACAGCCCCACCCCCCACUGCCGCCCUGGGGUCCCACUCCCCCCAUCCUGACUCCUGCCCCGGGGACCCUACUCAUGGCCCCACUGACCUCAGCUCGGGGCUCCCCCAUCCGCCUUCAGCCUGCCCGGGUCCUGAGCACCUGGACCCACUGUGCCAAGUGCUGGCAGAGGAAAGGGUGGACGGCCAGGCCCUGGGGACCCCUGGGGGUGCCCGGUCUCCAGACAGCGAGCCCCUGCUGGGAACCACAGCGGCAGCCCACCCCUGGGCUAGGCCCACAGGGGAGGAGGAAGAAGAGGAGGAGGAGGAGUGCCCCAUCUGCACAGAGCCCUACGGGCCUGGUGGGCACCGCCUGGCCCUGCUGAACUGUGGCCACAGCCUGUGCUCGGGCUGCCUGCACCAGCUGCUGGGCUCGGCCCCCAGCGCCGACCUAGGCCGUGUGCGCUGCCCGCUGUGUCGCCAGAAGACGCCCAUGCUGGAGUGGGAGAUCUGCCGGCUGCAGGAGGAGCUGCUGCAGGCCGACGGGCCCCCGCGGCCCCCGAGCCCGGCGCCCCCCGCACCACCCCGCCGGGGCCGGGGGCCCUGGGCCUCCCUGGAGCACCACUACCAACUGCGCUUCCUGGCAGGGCCUGUGGGCGUCCAGGGCUGCCUGCCCUUCCUCUCUUGCCCGCCCUGCCUGGGUGCCCGGCUCUGGGCCCUGCGAGAACGGGGGCCCUGCACCCGCCGCCUGGUGCUGCUGAGCCUGCUGGGCCUCGAGCUGCUGGGGCUGCUGCUGGUCUUCACGCCACUCAUGCUGCUGGGGCUGCUCUUCGUGCUGCUGGACCGCUCCGGCCACUGAGCCUCUGCCCCUGCACCGCCUGGAGGCGCCGACCGGCCCCGUCCUGCGGGCCUGGGGCCUGGGCUGGAGGAGCACCUUGCCCUGAGCUGAUGACCAAGCGAAGGAUCCAAGGCUGACCAGGCCUGGUCUUCAGUCAAGACCCAAGACUGGGCCCAGGGUCACCCAGGAGCCUCUGUGCAGCCCCUGACUCCAGACCACCUGCUGUCUAGACAGUAGCCCAUGGGGCCCAAGGACAGGGCUGGAGAGGAUCAUGGCCAGGGCCCCAAGCUCCCCUCGGGGACAGGCACCAUGCUGACGGCCUCCCCCACCGCACCCAGCGUGUCUGCGAGAGGCUGAGGACACACGUGAACAGUGGCCUGGCAGUGCGUCCAUUCCUUGGAGAGGGUGGGGCCCUGGCAGGGGCUGCCCGUGUCCCAGAUAAGAUCCCAUGUGUGUGCCCUGAAGGUCAGGGCAGCCGAGAGGGGAGGCCCCUGCUCUGCACACUCAGCCCACAAAGGGCCUCCUUGCCAGCCAGCUCGGGACCCAAGGGGGCGCCACGCGUGGCCAGGGCGGGCACAUGCCCCCAACGACAAGGGCCAGAGGCCCAGCCAAGCCCUGGUGCUGGAGCACGGUGCAGGCCCCCACGGCGGCAGCCCGUGCUGUCGAGCCGGGGCCUUCACCUGAAGGACGGACCCAGCCAGUCCCAGCACCGCCUCACGGGCUUGGUGACAUGCUGUGCGCAGCGCCUGCCCGGGAAACGCUUCUCAAUAAACAGCCGCAGCCGCUGGAACCGCUGCCGCCAGUGCCGCCCUCCGUGCCCUUGUCCCGUCCAGUGGCCCUGCUACGCCCAAGCGUCCUCCAAACCCACGUCGUGCCAGGGCCAGACCGGAGCUCCUAGGUCAGUGAUGGCGAACCUAUGACACGCGUGUCAGAGGUGACACGCGAACUCAUUUUUUUGGUUGAUUUUUCUUUGUUCAAUGGCAUUUAAAUAUAUAAAAUAAAUAUCAAAAAUAUAA